GCUCUUUCUAGUCCUCACGCGCGGAGCCGUGUCGCGAGCUGCCGGCGGCGAUGGCUCCGCGGGUGUGGCGUCGGCGGACCCUGCAGCGCUGUGUGGAGGAGGUCAGCAAGGCCACCGGCCGGCCCGAGCGCUUCCUCACGAUUCAAGAUGAAUUGGCGUCCAACUUCAUUUCUUUAACCAAAGUACUUUAUGACUUCAAUAAAACGCUAGAGAAAGGUGGGACCCAUGGGAGUCCUUUACAGAAGCUGGUGAUAAAUAAAUUUGAUGAUGAGCAGAUUUGGCAACAGUUGGAACUGCAGAAUGAACCGAUUUUACAAUACUUCCAAAAUGCAGUUAGUACAGCAGUUAAAGACGAAGACAUCAGUCUUUUCCCAGAGAACGAGGCCCAGCAGGGUGAGGAGGCUGGCUCGGAGGGGGAGUCCGAUGGCUCGGAGGGGGAGGCCGAUGGCUCAGAGAGGGAGGUCGAUGGCCCAGAGGAGACAGCACAAGCUCUGGAGGAGGAGGAAACGUCCGACCUGAGCGGUGAUGAUCCUGAAGGAGAUGAGAAAGCUAACAGCCCCGGCAGACUUGACCUGAGGAGAAGCCCGGACUUCAGUGAUGAGGAUUCGGAUCGUGACUUUGACAUCAGCAAGUUGGAACAGGAGAGCAGGGUGCAAAACAGAGGGCCUGGGAAGCCGAGAGAGAAGUCCGAAGUCGACGAUAGAUUCUUCAAGCUAGCUGAAAUGGAGGCUUUUUUAGAAAAAGUAGAAAAAGAAGAAGAACAAAAUGAUGAUGAAGAGGAGGAAGAAGAUAUUGAUCUUUUUGAAGAUGUUGAUUCCGAUGAAGAUGAGGGAGGGCUGUUUGGAAAUCAGAAACCUAAGUCAGCUAAAAGUUCCAGAAACCUGAAAUACAAAGAUUUCUUUGAUCCAGUGGAAACCGCUGGGGAGGUACCAAGUGUUAAUGAUGGUGAGCUGGAUUCAGACAUGGAAGAGGAAGAAAUUGCUGAGGAGGAAAUAGCAGAAGGAAGCAUUUCUGAAACGGAUGAAGAUAAUGACCUUGAAAGUGAAGAUGGUAACCAAAAGGAAAUCUCGAAAAGAGUGACCUUUGCUUUGCCAGAUGAUGAGGAAACUGAAGAUACAGACGUUUUAAAUGUAAAAACAGAUUCAGAGGAAGUUAAAUCUUCUUUUGAAAAAAGACAGGAGAAGAUGAAUGAAAAGAUUGCAUCUUUAGAAAAAGAGUUGUUGGAAAAGAAGCCGUGGCAGCUCCAGGGGGAAGUGACGGCACAGAAGCGACCGGAGAACAGCCUCUUGGAGGAGACCCUGCACUUCGACCAUGCUGUCCGGAUGGCACCUGUGAUUACAGAGGAAACCACCCUUCAACUAGAAGAUAUCAUUAAGCAGAGGAUAAGAGAUAAGGCUUGGGAUGAUGUGGUAAGGAAAGAAAAACCCAAGGAGGAUGUGUAUGAGUAUAAAAAGCGCUUAACGUUAGACCACGAAAAGAGUAAAUUGAGCCUGGCUGAAAUUUAUGAACAGGAAUACAUCAAGCUCAACCAGCAAAAAGCAGAAGAAGAAGAAAAUCCAGAGCAUGUAGAAAUUCAGAAGAUGAUGGAUGCCCUCUUCUUAAAGCUGGAUGCUCUGUCAAACUUCCACUUCAUCCCUAAACCGCCUGCACCAGAGAUCAAAGUUGUGUCAAACCUGCCAGCCAUCACUAUGGAGGAAGUAGCCCCCGUGAGUGUUAGUGAUGCAGCCCUCCUGGCCCCAGAGGAAAUCAAGGAGAAAAAUAAAGCUGGAGAUAUAAAAACAGCUGCCGAGAAAACAGCUACAGACAAGAAGCGAGAACGGAGGAAAAAGAAAUAUCAGAAACGCUUGAAAAUAAAAGAGAGGGAGAAGCGGAGAAAACAACUUGAAAAGAGCAACCCAGACCAAGGAGGAAAAUACACCAAAGCCAGAGCUUCGGAGACCUUGAAACAUCUAACCAAAACCGGCAGAGCUUCCUUGUUAAAGGAUGAAGGGAAAGACAAAGCCUUAAAGUCAUCUCAAGCAUUCUUUUCUAAAUUACAAGAUCAAGUGAAGAUGCAAAUCAGUGAUGCAAAGAAGACAGAAAAGAAAAAGAAAAAAAGACAAGAUAUUUCUGUUCAGAAAUUGAAACUGUAAUAUAUUUUGAAAAUAAUGUAAAUAUUAACGUGAAAGCUUCUACCCAUUUGCUGCCACUGUUCUGUUUAUAAUAAAAUGUUUGAGACUUUCUUUG